AUGUACAGUCCAAGUGCGCAACAGGUCCGUGAGCGGAGAACGAACUUCACUUUGACCACAGCCGCAGCUCCUCGCACUGGGACACAGGCGCUUGAGGAUUAUUGCGAUCUUUGGGGGGGUUUCUCUGUCUUUUCGGGGAAUGCGCGUUGGGUUUGGGCGGAGACAGGAUCGGCCAUGAACACGACCAUGUACGCGGUGAAGAAGCGGAAGAAGCCCGUGCAGAAAAUCCCCAAAGCGUCUCCACCUGAAGGGUCCAAAACCAACCCGUCCAAACGCCACAGGGACCGUCUGAACGGGGAGUUGGAGAAGCUGACCAGCCUGCUGCCCUUCAGCGAGGAGGUGCGCGCCCGUCUGGACAAGCUGUCGGUGCUGCGCCUCAGUGUGGGGUACCUGAAGGUCAAGAGCUUCUUUAACGCCACUCUGAAGAAGGGCCCUGGAGCGGUGAAUGCGGCCAUCUCUGCUGCCCCGGCCCUCUCACCUGUCCUGGGCCCCACUCAGCCUCUGGUCACCUCCAUUGACGGGGUGAGCUUCAGCGAGGGAGACCUGCUGCUGAAGGCUCUGAAUGGCUUCGUGCUGGUGGUGACCGCAGAGGGAUAUGUCUUCUACACCUCCCCCACAAUCCAGGACUUUCUGGGCUUCCAUCAGUCAGAUGUGGUGCACCAGAGUGUGUUUGAGCUCAUCCACACAGAGGACCGUGCUCUCUUCAGGCAGCAGCUGCACUUCGCCCUGAACCCCAACACCUCCACACAUGACCAGAGCUCGUCGGAGGUCAGCACCUCCCUGGUGACGUACGACCCAAAGCAAAUCCCUCAGGAGAACACAUCCUUCUUGGAGCGAAACUUCUGCUGCCGAUUCCGCUGCCUCCUGGACAACUCCUCCGGCUUCCUGGCGCUGAACUUCUACGGCCGUUUGAAGUUCCUGCACGGCCAGCAGCAGCACGCAGAGGAUGGGGCCCCUGUGCCCCCUCAGCUGGCCCUGUUUGCCCUGGUCAUGCCCAUGCAGCCGCCGUCCAUCCUGGAGAUCCGCACUAAGACCCUGCUCUUCCAGACCAAACACAAGCUGGACUUCACCCCCAUGGGCAUCGACAGCCGGGGAGAGGUGAUCCUGGGCUAUACUGAGGCAGAGCUGUGCGCCCCCGCUUCUGGGUACCACUUUGUCCAUGCGGCAGACAUGAUGUACUGCGCUGACCAACACCUCCGCAUGAUGAAGACCGGGGUGACUGGCUUCACUAUCUUCCGCCUCUUGACUAAGAACAGUUCGUGGAAGUGGGUCCAGUCCAAGGCCCGGCUGAUUUUCAAGGGAGGGAAACCUGACUUCAUCAUCACCAGGAUGAAGGCUCUCACGACAGAGGAGGGCGAGGAGAACUUACGUCAGCGGCACCUGCAGCUUCCCUUCACCAGCUCCUCUGGGGAGGCUCAGCUAUAUGACCUGGCCCCCACCGUGGCCCUUCCAGGCCCCGAGCCUCAGGAUCAGUGCUCUGCCCCGAAGCAGAGGAGAACGGACUACAGCGUGACCCCCAGCUCCAUCCUGGGCAGCAUGCUGGGACAGGACCACUCCCUGUAUUGUUCCCACAACCCCAACAUGAGCUCCGUGGAAGCCUUUGCAGACAGCGAAGCUACGUUCAGUGUCGCUGGGGCCCCGUGGUCCGAGGGCCCCGGCUACUCCAGCACACUGGUGAAGACAGAGUCCAGGAUGCAGGACAUGGUGGACACGCUGCAGCAGGUGCUGGGGGACAGCAGCCUGGUCUCCUCUCUGGGGGUUGAGCCUGAGGAGCUGAGGAGCUGGGAGAGCACCCUCAUGUCCCUGAACGUCAGCAGCUCUGACCUCGACAGUGCCCUGAGCCGGGACAUCCUGACCUUUGUGGAGGAGCAGUUUCAGAAGGAGGGGGGCUUCACUUUUUUGGAGGAUAUCCCCACUGCUCUGCCUAGCCUGGAUCUAAGCAGCGAGUCUCCUGAACAAGUGCUGCUGCAGGAGCUGCACUUCGACAUUCUCAGUGACAUUAUACCAAAAGCAGAGGCUCCACAGAACAGCUUCAGGCUGGGUUCCAUAGAGCCCCCCCUGAACGGGACUGUACCUCUCUUCUACUCAGACCCCAAACCUAAUUAUCAGACAUAUGUGAAUAAUGUAACAGGCCAAGCGCCAGUCACUAUCACCAGUCCCCAGACAUGUGUGACCAGAGGGAUCCAGGCCCCAGAGCAGCUCCAGCCACAGCAGGGGGGUCUGCCCCCUCCCCUGCACCACCCUGAGGUGGGGGGCUUGUACACACACGCACCACCACAGCAGGGGGUCGAGUGGAGCUGCCCUGUCCCCCCACAGGUAGGGGCAUUUAGCAGCAGCCGGGCGGGGGCCUGGUCCCACCAAAGCCCAGACUCUAAUGGACACCCUCACAUCUCUGGAGCUCAGCACAGGAGAGAGCCUCUGACCUCCAGCUGCAUGUUCUCACCAGCCCUCAGCACAGGGCUCCACACAGAAUCCUCCAGACCCUACUGCAUGUACCAGCAGCACCCUGAGGUCCCGAACCCCCCAAUGUCCUGUACCAACGUGGCCGUCUUCAGCCUGGACUCUCUGAUCUCUCCAGCACAGACGUUCCACUUCGGACAGCAGAGCAAGAUAAACGCCAUGGGGAACGGGGGCUUCUCUUUGCCCUCUGUGCCCAACGGAGGAGGGACCUACUGCUCCGAAAAUCAGUAA